AUGGCGUCCUCGAGAUCCACUCGCCCGGUUCGAUCGAAUCGCACUCAGGUACAGUCCUAUCAUGAGGAAAGCUCAUCGCAUGACGAAGGACAUGCGGCAUCACGCCGAGAGUCAUUGUCUUUACGUUCGCGUACAACUCGAAUGCCAAAAUCCUAUCGCGAAGAGUCAACGGAUGGCUUCGAUGAGCCCGAUGAGCCCGAUGAGCCUGAUAAUCAAGAGAUGGAUGCAGUGUUGAUUACACCCGCUGUCGAACCAACAGUUCGCGGGCCUGCAUCCAACCCUCGGCCCCCUCGGCCUCAACGCGCAGCUCCCAAACCCAAGCCGGUCAAGAAAACUGGGAAACGGAAUCGCGGUCAAGUGGGGAAGCCUUUGAGCAAGCGCCCCAAGAUAGAUAUAAGUGAUGCGAUCUUUUUUGGGUCAGGCAUUGUACCUCCUUGGCAAACACUCCCCUACCACAUCCUUCUCGAUAUCUUCCUGCGCGCAUCGCAUCCAUUACUCGACGAAGGGCGUUCCUCUCGCAACGACUCAGUUAAGUGGCUAGUCAGCAUGGCCCUUCUUUGUCGCAGCUUUCAUGAGCCUGCGCUCGCUGCGCUUUAUUACUCUCCUCCACUUUUGCCUGCUUACAAGGCCCAUACGCUGCUCCACUUGGUUUCUCAACCCCAAGAAUCAUUGUCCAUGAAUUACUCCAGCAAGAUCAAGGAGCUGCAUGUUGAGGUAGAACCGGUUCUUCAAUACAAAAGUGGACCUACUCUUGGCUACUUCGACCUUUCCAGCUUGCUUGAGAGGACACCUCAGCUGCAUGGUCUGCGUCUUUACCACCGGGACGAUUUCACCGUUGGAAUGCCUACUUGGAAUAUAGGGCCGUCCAAAUGGACCUAUCCUGAAUCCAUCUUUGCAGUACUCCACCGUGAGAUUCUUCUUCGUAGCUUUGAAUGGAACUCUCGCUUUAUGGAAACAGGCGAACUUCUCCAGUUCAUGAGUGCGCAUCAUAUGAAACCCGCCUUCAGGGGCUUGAGAGAGCUCAAACUUCUUCACUUCGAUGAUACUGACGGGGAAGAACAACCUUCUCCCAAAGCAACAGCCCUGAUCCGAGCUGUCAACUUACUUCCAGAGAUCGAAAAACUGGAAAUCAUUGAAAGCUCUUUGGCCAAUGGAGAAAUACUGACAAAGCUACCUCCUACCAUUCGCUCGCUCACUUUGAACAAUUGUGAACGAAUAACAUCUCAAGAUGUUGCAACAUUCCUUUCUUCACAUGGCGCAAAUCUUCGAGAGCUGAGCCUCAGUCACAACAGAUAUCUCAGCAUGUCUUUCAUCCAAGAUCUAGCACAGUUAUGCCCAAGUCUUGUAUUUUUCAAGAUGGACAUCUCAAUACAUGACGUGUCUAGCUACCAUGAUGUUGAGCCUCAAUUCAAUGAGCUACUUGCCCAAUCCGAAGUGCCCACAUGGCCAGAAACACUUCAGGAAAUUGAACUGACCCAACUGCGCAAAUGGAACGAUGCGGCCGCCGAGGUAUUUUUCACAUCAUUAGUGAACGCGGCACCCAAGCUCCGCGACUUGCGACGAUUGGCUAUAAGCGCGAUUUUGAAAAUUGGAUGGCGUGACCGCGCAACCUUCCGUGAGAGAUGGAUUGGCCAGCUUGAGAAAACCUUCCUCCGUCGAAGCCCACCACCAGACCCUAACCUCCGCUCUCUCCGAAAGCGAACACUUCUGCCCACUAUCGCCGAGACGAAUGCACCAACAGAGGCCGAGGAAGCGUCUGAUUCACGUCCGAGUACAGCCGAAAGUGGACUAUCGUCCAAACGCCAGAGUGUUCGUCUGGCGCAGAAAUCCUGGGAAGUGGAACUCGAUGAUGAUGAACCACUGCCGCAGUCGCAGGGAAUGUGCGACAUUGUCAACAUUCGUAUUGACAACCAGCGUCCCACUGAAAUGCAAUACAAUGAGAACGAUUUCCUGGAUGAUGAGCUAAGUGGUGACGAGGAUUGGGCAGGUGAUGACUUUGAACCUGUCGCUGGACAUGCAUGGUGA